GCCAAGUGCUCUCAUUUAAACAAACUUGAUAGAAAACCUCGCCAGGAUGCUACAGACCAAAUGUGGUGUUAUUCUGACCAGAAGUUUUAGAGAAGAUGUUUAAGUGAAAAUGUGGACGAUGGACGCCGGACCAUCUAAUAGCUGAACCUUCGGUUCAGAUGGGGUUUCUUUCGCUGCUUUGGCUACCAGUUAGAAUUUCUUUAAACCUCAUCGAAAAAUUCUUAUUCAUUUUGAUUAACCUGUAUGACACGUACUGUUACAGUCCUCUGCAGACGACGCUUUCGCCCGUUGUUGCUAGGAUACCACGUGCAAUACACCUUGGAGACCGUAAAGUCGAUGUGUUCACUGCGAACAUUGUGUCAUGGUCGCGGACAAUACUGGUUAUACCAGUUGCAUGGUGUUUAAAAUAUAACUACCCAGUCACUGCAUUCCUGUGUGUUAUACUCCAUGAUUUUCUGGAUCACCUGGACGGUAUUGUUGCAAAAGUGCAAAAGUCCAUCUAUGGUCAGAUUGACGAUCCGUUAUUGGGAGGCUUCAUGGACGCCUUCUGUGAUAAAAUAGUAAACUGCGUUUCAUUAUGGACAAUUCUGAUGGUGACGGACUUCAGCAAGAUGACUGCCUCUCAAACAUUACUGUUCACAGGCGCAUGUGCUGUUAUCAUAGCGUAUGAAUUUGUUCUUGGCGUUGUCAGGGUGCAGGACUACUUCCAGGCUUAUUAUUCGAGAAAAUACAAAGCGGUUUCUACGGAAUCAAAAACAAACGUGGCUGCCGUAAUGGAAGGAAAACUGAAGGAAAAGCUUGAGUCAAUGGGUAUAGGCUGUCUAUGUCUGGCACAAGGGGCUGCUGUUCCUAUUUCAAGUAUAUCUGGGAUUAUUGGAGUGAUAUGUCUCUUGUUGUCAAUACGGCUAGCGCAUGCAAGUCUGGACCAUAAACUCAAACCAAGAAGAGAGAAACAGUCCAAGAUAGAACAAGAUGAAGGCACAGAAUGCCGAAGUUUUGGGACACAGACUGAAGAAAAACUGACUGUAAAACCUGAAAGACAAAUGAGUAUAUUUGGGGACCUUGUAGAAGAUCCAGAUGACCUUGAUGAAAAGUCUGACACUUCCUCGGAGAAAGAAGAGGAAGUUGAGGAGAUGAAGAUGUCGCCAUCACACCGGAAGUUGUCGAUGAAAAGGUCCCAGUCUGUACCAUCCUGGAAAAUAUUACAGAAAGUGGAUAAAGUGUACACAGUCGGCUGUUUUGACCUUUUUCAUGAAGGUCACAAAAUACUGAUGGAGCGGCUGAAAGAAUUAGGAAAACAAGUAAUAGUUGGUGUCCAUGACAGCAGAAGUAUAUUCAAGCUGAAGAAAAGAGUACCCAUUGACAGUACUUAUAAAAGAAUGUCAAACGUCAAAAAUUAUGCCGAUGUGGUAUACUGCAUAUCUGGAACAGAUCCGACGCAGUUCCUAAAAUGCAUAUUUGACGUCAAUGAGCCGGUAACCAGCAUGUACGUUCGAGGAGACGAUAUGCCAAACUUUCCCGCCAGAAAGUUCAUCGAGGAAGUGAUGCCCGUGCAUUUCCUCCCCUAUUCAGAGUUUGUAUCCUCAACAAAAAUACGGAAAGAAGUUUAUAACGCUUCAAUGUUUGGACCUCACGUGAAUGAUGACGACCACAUUAUGUUUUACUGACACAGAGGUUAUAUGACACUUAACACAUUCUCGAGCUACCUUUAUGCUGUCGUGCAAAUUAUAUGAUACGAUUGGAGUACGAAUUUAUGUAAACACAUGCGUAGUUUUGGAAAUAAUAUCUCUGUUAUUGUAACAAAUGUGUUA